UAUGAUACAUUAUAAUCAUGAUAUCACUUUCAAUUUUUCCUCUAGUUUAUCAUAGUAAAAAGCAAAUCUAGUGAAUUUGGCCGAGUACAACUCUGUACAUUCUUUAUCAAAUUAUCGUAAAAUACACCGCGGAGAUAGCAAAAGCGGUAUAUAAACAUAAUGUUGGCAGUGUCAUGAAAACAUUGUACCUUAAUGAGUGCACCUUCUACUUCAGUUUUCAGUUUUUUCUUGACAUAACAAAUGUGUGAUUCAAAUUCUUUUAACAUCAAUGAACACCAACAUCUCAGAUUCAAUCCACUUAGAGGCGAAUGGCUUCUAGUAUCACCGCACAGAGCCCUCCGUCCAUGGAGCGGUCAAAUCGAAACUCUACCAGCAGAAGAGAUACCCAAAUUCGAUCCAAAUAACCCUCUAUGUCCCGGCGUGACCAGAGCAUCAGGAGUGGUUAAUCCGAACUACACGUCCACCUAUGUCUUCACCAACGACUUUCCGGCUCUCUUAGAAAAAGGUCCAACUCCCGAACCGAGCGAUGAUCCACUCUUUCAGAUGAAGCUUGCCACAGGAACUUGUAGGGUUAUUUGUUACCACCCGCAUUCGAAUGUGUAUUUUACAAGCCUUACAAUGGAAGAAAUCGUCACAGUUAUUGAUGAGUGGAUUAAUCAGUUGAAUGAUCUUGGAAAAACGUACAAGUGGGUACAGAUAUUUGAAAAUAGAGGUGAUAUGAUGGGUUGCUCGAAUCCACACCCACACUGCCAAAUAUGGGCAUCUUCAUUUUUACCAAACGAACCGAAACUAAAGGACACCAACCUGAGAGAAUACUAUCAAAAAUACAAGAAACCAUUAUUGAUGGACUACGUCGAAAAAGAACUGGUGAAAAAAGAGAGAAUCGUGUACGAAAAUGAAUCAUGGGUAGUACUUGUACCAUACUGGGCUGUGUGGCCUUUUGAAACCAUGCUACUACCGAAAAGACAAAUUCAGAGACUGUCCGACAUAUCUUGUAUAGAAAAAAAAGCUUUGGCUAUUACUCUACAAUGCAUAGUAGCUAAAUAUGAUAAUAUUUUUCAAUGCAAAUUUCCUUAUUCGAUGGGCUGGCACGGAGCUCCAACUGGCGAGGAUUUAGGAAAGGAUCAACCACAUUGGACGUUCCACGGUAUAUAUCUGCCGCCAUUGUUACGAUCUGCUACUAUUAAGAAGUUUAUGGUCGGCUACGAACUGUUAGCUCAGUCUCAGCGAGAGUUGUCUCCAGAAAAAGCUGCCGAUAUUUUACGGCAACAAUCGACGCAAAGAUUCACAUAAUUUUUAUUUAAUUUUGGUAGUUUUAAAUUAACUUUGAAUUAAAGUUUUAAAUCUUAUAUGUUUGUUUAUUUUCAAUAUAGGCGAUUAAAAAAAUAUUCUAAUUUUCU